AUGGUAAAUCCACCUGCGAUGGGCGGUGGCCCGACGGCGAUUUCAGCAGUUGUGAAGCCGCCCUCCACCACCCGCAUGUCUACAGUAGCGCCGAUGGCGCCCUCUGCGGCGCCGCCCUUUCCAUACAGCGCAAGGCGUGCUCCGCCGUUGGAUUUGAGGACAGUCGAGCGCAAAGGUCCAUCGGCAGUCCGCAACCCGCUUACACGUUCACGACCGCAUGAUCUCCGCGAAGCACCCACAUAUACACCAACCGAAGAAGAGUUUCGAGAUCCUAUGGCAUACAUACAAAGCAUUCAUGCAGAAGCCAGUCGCUUUGGCAUUUGCAAGAUCGUGCCUCCAGAUUCAUGGAAUCCGGACUUCGCUAUUGAUACCGAACGAUUCCACUUCCGUACAAGACGUCAAACGAUCAACGAGACCGAUGGCGGGAAUCGCACCAAUCUGCAUUAUCUGGAUCAACUAUCAAAGUUCCAUCGACAAUAUGGAACUCAGCUCAAUCGCUUUCCCAGCGUUGACAAGCGCCCGCUGGACCUCUAUAAGCUGAAGAAGGCUGUCGAAAUUCGAGGCGGCUUCGAAAAGGUAUGCAGAGAUAAGAAAUGGGCUGAGAUAGGCCGCGACUUGGGCUACUCUGGGAAAAUCAUGUCUUCAUUGUCGACCUCACUCAAAAAUUCCUAUCAACGCUGGCUCCAUCCAUAUGAGAGCUGGCUGGCCGCAGCCAAAGCGAAUGGCGGCAUUGCUCCGGACUUCGAGUACAACCAGGCAGCCUUCUCGCCGUCGGUUUCGCAGCAUGCGUCUCCAGCACAUCAACCUCCUCCGAUGAUGCCAGGCGGUCCAGUCGAAUCACCUGCCAUGCAAGCGUCCAUGGCACUGAAUGCUACUGUCAAUCCUCCUCAUGCCACAAAUCCCCCACAUCCCCCUGAGUACGUUCCACAGGUGUUGCCGCCCGCGCCUGCGCCUGAUUCAGCGCCUCAGCCAGCACCUCGACCCGCUUCUGCGGGAUUCAUGGCUGUCAACUCUGGUGGAUUUCAAGCUGUCAACCAGCAACCAUCGGGCUUCAUGGCUGUGAAUCAUCAACCGCCUGCUCCCGCGAUAAAAAGUGAAGGUUUUCCGCCCAUCGCAGCUGCGCCAAUGUAUGCUGGUGGUUUUGCGUCUGUCAAUGGUGGAGCACCUCGGCCACCAGUGGAUGGGCAUCUGAUGCCGAAUGGCACAACAAAUCCGUUGAAGCGCACCAUCAGCCAUGAAAGUAUGAAUGGAGAUCCUGUUCCGAACGAGAUGGACGCAGACGGCUUGCACCCAGCGAAACGACCAAAGAAGGACGGCCCAGCCAUCCCGUCAAAUCACAUGCCGGCCAUGCGUCCUGCAACACCUCAGAUGAAGGGCAAGUCGGGACCGCGUCGCUCGGCGAUAAAACCACCCCUGCAAACAAUGCCCGACUUCGACUGGAACUGCUCAAAAUGCCUCAUCGGCACCAACGACUACGGUUUUGAGGAAGGCAGCGUGUAUUCACUGAAGGUCUUCCAAGAGAAGGCCAACAAUUUCAAAGAACAUUACUUUGCAACCAAAAGGACCAACUACGACGUAGUCACUGGUACGACCAAGCGGCCUACCGAGGACGACGUCGAGCGCGAGUUCUGGCGACUCGUGGAAGACAUCACCGAGUCUGUGGAGGUCGAAUAUGGCGCGGACAUCCACUCAACAACACACGGAAGCGGGUUCCCUACGAUAGAGAAGAACCCUCUGAACCCAUACUCGCGAGAUCAGUGGAAUUUGAACGUCAUGCCUUUCCUCGAAGAGUCGUUGUUCAGGCACAUCAAGGGUGACAUUUCUGGCAUGACUGUUCCAUGGCUGUACGUCGGAAUGUGCUUCUCGACAUUCUGUUGGCACAAUGAAGACCACUAUGCUUACUCGGCCAACUACCAACAUUUCGGAUCAACGAAGACGUGGUAUGGCAUACCCGGCAAAGAUGCUCAGAAGUUCGAGGAUGCUAUGCGAAAGGCCGUUCCCGAGCUCUUCGAGAGUCAACCCGAUCUACUUUUCCAACUUGUCACAAUUCUACCGCCGGAUCAGCUGAGGCGAGCGGGUGUAGAUGUGUAUGUGCUUGAUCAGCGUGCUGGUGAAUUCGUCAUCACUUUCCCCCAGGCGUACCAUGCUGGUUUCAACCAUGGUUUCAACUUCAACGAGGCUGUAAACUUCGCGCCAGCAGACUGGGAACCGUUCGGGGAUACAAGUGUCCAGCGACUUCGAGACUUCCACAAACAGCCUUGCUUCAGUCACGACGAGCUUUUGAUCACGGCUGCUGGAGCCGAUACCAGUAUCAAGACUUCGAAGUGGUUAGCACCAGCUCUCGAGAGAAGUAGGGAUCGUGAACUGUCAGAACGAAACAACUUCGUGACCAAGCACAAGGAGCUACAUCCUCACGAAGACUGCACCUACGAUACGCUUGCGCCUCAGCCAUCUCCGGAGUGCGGACUAUCAAUAAUAGUCGAGGACAAGGAGGUGCAGGAAGAAGAUUAUCAAUGCUAUCACUGCAAAGCGUACACAUACUUUUCACAAUUCAGGUGUCACCAGAGCGGAAGGGUUAGCUGUUUGCUACACCCAGAUGUUAUGGAGUGCUGCUCAGAGCCUCCAGAGCAGCGGUUGCGCGGCCCAAACCACAGCCUAUGUGUCCGCCAUACAAAUGAUGAGCUGGACACUCUUGUGCAGAAAGUGGUGGACAAGGCCAACGUACCUGAGGCCUGGCACGCUAAGCUUGAUGCACUUCUCGAGGACGAAAGCGCGCCUGCACUGCGAUCAAUGCACACUCUUCUCUCGGAAGGCAGUAAGAUUCCAUAUCAUCUGCCCGGACUUGAGGACUUGUCGGAUUUCGUCAAGAAAUGUGAUUUGUGGGUCGAAGAAGCCAAUCUCUACCUCAUGCGUAAGCAGCAGAAUCGUCGCAAGAACGAUAAAGUCUGGCGAAAGAAGUCGGUCGGUGGCAAAGAUGCCGAGAAAGACGAUCAGCAAUUGACGCUGGAACGAAUGAAAGAACUGCUUGAAGACGGAAAGCAACUCAGCUUCUCUGCUCCACAACUAAGCGACUUGCAAGACAAGCUCGACACCAUGAACGAAUGGCGACGGAAAGUCAAGCCGCUUUGCGCCGGGCGAGAGCACGCAUCGCUUGAGGACCUGACUGCCCUGCUCGAAGAAGGUCGUGGCUUUAUGGCAGCCAUGCCAGAGUUGACAGGGCUUGAGAAGCGUCACGCCUGCCAACAAUGGUUUGCACAAGUCGAGGCAAUACGCAAUGACAUGGGCAACCAGACCCUCGAUGAGUGUAAAGCUAUUCUGGAAAAGGUCACAGAACUCGACAUCGAUCCACAAUCGAUUGAAGUGCAAGGCUUGAAGGACGUCGUCAGACAAGGUGAAUUCUGGGAGUCGAAGACGAAAGAGGUCAUGUCAGCAGAAGACGUACACUAUCCUCAGCUUGAGUCAUUGCAUACUCAGGUUCAAGCCCACAUAUUCCCCGUCAACAAGGACACUCUUGCUCAGAUGGACGCAAUCCUUGCGAAGAACCGCGAAGCCAAGCGCCAAAUUAUCACACUUGUCGAGAAAAGUCACGACCCGGACUUCCGAAAGCGACCAACAUACAUCCACGUUCGGGAUGUCGUCAAGGCCUUGGAAGAUCUGAACGGCAAGCCUCACGGAACAGCAGACCUUGAAAAAGAGCUGCGACGCCAUGAGGAUUGGAUGAGGCGUGGCAAGAAACUCUUCGGAAAGGCAAAUGCUCCACUGCACAUUCUAGAGCAGCAUAUGAAGUUUGUGGAGGAGAAGAACAGUUUCUGCUUUGACUUGAACGACACAUUCCGUCCUCCCAUUGAACCAGCAUCACGCGAGGCGAGCCCGACAGACGGUCCUCAGGAGAAGACUCUUGGGGAAGAUGAGAAGCCAGUCUUCUGCAUCUGCCGUCAGCCCGAGGCGGGUCUGAUGAUCGAGUGUGAGGUCUGCCACGAUUGGUAUCACGCGAAGUGUCUCAAACUCGCUCGAGGCAAAGUGAAAGACACCGAAUGGUUUACGUGCCCAAUCUGUGACUGGAGAGUAAAAAUCCCUCGUGAUGCAGCUCGGCCAAAACUCGAAGACCUUCAGGCCUGGCAGGACGAGUUGCCGGAUCUUCCAUUCCAGCCGGAAGAGGAAGAAUUGCUGAAGCGUAUUGUCGAUAAGGCACAGGACUUCCGAGACUUCUUAGGACAAUACACCAAUGGCAAUCAGCUUUGUCGCACGCAAGAGGAAAUGCCUGAGAUGCUGUUUUACCUACGAAAGAUCGAAGGAGCCGAAGUUCUACUGGCAUACGAGACAAAUCUGUUCCGUCAGGAAUUGCACAAGUGGCAGCCUAUCGCCGAUCAGCCGCCGCCAAUAGCAAACACCAGUCUGUCCACGAGAAAGCCGCGACCUACGAAGCAGCAGAAGUUGAUGAAAGAGAUGGGUGUGGAGAAGCCAGAAGAUCUGCCAGCGCAUCUGCGCACGAAGAACUACAACCGGCGGAAGACUCAAGAUGGUCAAUCUCCAGGACCAGCGCUGAUGCCGAAGCCUGGUCUGGGCUCACCAAUACCUGGGUCUGAAUCAAGUCCUGGAGUUUCUCAUCAAGGACACGCGCGAUCUGCUACGCCUGCAGGUAUGCCGCGGACAGCGUCCACUGGCAACAUUCCACAGAAUGGUGUAUUCGAUCCGGCAUUGACAGGUGCAGGUGGUGUUGGCCAAUUCGAUUCCGCAUACCCUCAUCCCGGACCGUUCACCGCUCGCUCGCCGUCACCACUAUUCAGUCCUGCGCAUGAUGCAGGCCCAAUGCUGCCCGGAGGUAUGCCCGAGACCGCAAACGAUGGCCUCUCAUUCCCAACAUUCCGACCAUCGAUGGGCGAGGACGACAUUCGCAACGGACUUGCUAAUGCCGACGGUCCUGCGGGGCCAGGCUCACCACCUGCUGCAAACGAGUACGACCAGAUGUUCAACGAAAUGCAGGAUCCUGCUCGCGACGAGGCGGAGGGUGACAAUGGCAACGAUGCUCCGAAUCUUGAGCAUGAAGUCAGCCAUGCGAGUGAAGCACUUGAGCUCAUGGCUGAGACUGAAGAGCGAGGUGAUGACGAUGCUGGGCUUGAGGAUGCGGAGGGAGUCGAGAAGCACUUUGACGAUAUGUUCUCCGGAGAUCAGAACUAG